CAAACAAAGCGCAAACCUAACUCAAAUAUCAUCACUAUAUCGGAGUGUUUCGUGCAACCCUAGACCAGUAAGUUGAUUCAUCUCUCUCUCUCUCUCUCUCUCUCUCUCUCUCAGGGCAUGGGGCUUCUAUCUUGGUGGAGAGGCAGCAAGGAAGCUCCAUCCCCCGGACCCAAACCCACCUUCGCCGCCCCGAAACCGGACCCCAAGGCUUCUUCCCUGCCGUCCGAGGUGCCCGGAAUGAACGGCGCCGUCGAGGUGCCCCGCCCGGCCGCGGACGUUACAGUCUUCGAGUUCGGGUCGGUGGCCGCCUCGACCGACAAGGUUACGCUGGCCGGCUACUGCCCGGUCUCCGACGACCUCGAGCCCUGCCGAUGGGAGAUACUGCCUGCCACCGGCGACGACGCUCCUCAGUUUCGCGUGCUCUUCUGAUGGCAAAUGCGAUUCCGAGAAACCCUCCUUCCAAGUCUUGUAAGACAAGCCACGAGAUUGAUUUUCAGUCCCAUGGAAAGGCUCUUUGUAUAAUUUUAUGAAACUUGAAAAGAAAACUCCUAAUUUUAUUUGUAAUUUUGGUUCGAUUCGGUUCUAGUACAUCUUGUCUUCUUUUUA